UCAGGACUGUUAGUGUCAGUGAGAGUUUAAAAUGGUUUGAAAGUGAGGUUAGAAAAUAAAUAACAGCAUAUACAUUAGUGGUAUGGUUUGGAUUGUUUUUGAAAAUGACGGCAUGUAUCAAUCUGCAAAACUUAAGAAAAGUCAUAAACGAGGAAGAUUGGAACCAAUUAUUGGAAGACGUCAAACCAAAAUAUUUUAUCAAUACAAAAUCAGAGGAGUUUCCUGAUGCAAGUAGUUUAGCACAAAUAUGUCGGAUUCUCAUACACGAAACUACUCCUGACGUAGUGAAAAUUUUAUGCCUCAAGUGUUUAGGAAACUCUUGCCUUGACAGCUAUAAGCAGAAAUCGCAUACGUUGGAAAAUGCAGAGUCUGAUAAAUACAGCAAGAACUUGUACGAUGAAUUAGCAGAAAAUGAUUUAAAUGAGCACGAAAGGAGUUGCGACUAUCCACAUAAUUCUUAUUUUCCGUAUGACGGAGUCAUAAGAUGGACUGUGGAUAACAUUAUAGCCUGCGAUAAGUUCACAGAUUGCUUGAUUGACAAUAAAUUGGACAUGCUUAGGCUCAGCAUCCAAUUUCUAUGUAAUUUCUUUACAUAUGCUUUACCAAAUGCAGUAUCUAUGGAUGAUGACGUACCAAGAUACCUAGAUUCUGAUGAUUUAAAGCAAACUAUCCUAAAUACUACAAGUUCCAGGCACAGGCCGCUCGCCAACGCAGCCUGCAUAUAUGUUCACAAUGCGCUCAAAAAGUUGCACUAUGAUUAUUUCAUGCAUGAUCAGAAAAUUUUAUACCAAAAAUUACUAAAACCUACCAAGGAAGGCUUUACAUCCGCAAAGGAUGCACUGCUGUGCCUGUUACGUCGGCCAAAUGUGUUUGAAGAUGUAUACAGUAGCAUAGGUGUGGACGGAAAGUUAGAUUUACUCGAAGUUAUUUAUAAUGAACUUUGGGAGUCCUGGGAGACGAAUGAUGAUGUAACAUUUACGCAAGAUCAAGCUGAAUUCUUAGCGCUGACAUUUUGCGAGAGGAGUGAUCUCAUCUUGAAAACUGUAGAUACAUAUGUAAAUAGUGUUGAGCCUAGAGAAGUUAUCCUUACUCUUGACAUUUUGGGACUUCUUACGUCCUUGAAAUACAAGAUCCUGACGAACGCCAAGCGUUUGCUUAUCAAUUGUAAAUAUCUCUUAAUGUCCUUACACAUGAUGGGAAAGGACUCGAAUAAUUUCUUCACGCCAAUAACAAAUUUGAGCGAAGUGGCGCCAAAUGAUCAAGGCAGAACAGUAAACGUAAGUUCGACAAAUGAUGCCGAGACAUUUGAAACGCUGACAGCACAGUAUGAUCCACAAGAUCAUCCUGCAUUUGGUUUCAAAGCAGGACUGAUACAAGUUAUUGCAAAUAUGGUGUACAAAGACAGAACGUGUCAAGAUCUGUUUCGCGAAAUAGAUGGAAUUCCGUUACUUUUGGAUUGCUGUAACAUAGAUGCGAGGAAUCCGCUUAUACCACAAUGGACCAUUCUUGCUCUGAGGAACCUGUGCGAGGGAAACCUCGAGAAUCAAGAGAUUAUCAGAAAUUGUAAAAAGGAGGGCGUACUGGAUAAUCCCGUGCUGCAAGAGAUGGGAUUGACAUUGCACGAGGACGAAGACGGGAAAUCGAUCCGAAUCGCGCCGUUGCGACGCAAUUGAAAGAACUUACUGCCCUCCAAAAUGCGAGAUCACGUCCGGUGAUCGACAAUCCGUUUAAUAAUUAUGAAAUUAUUGCCCGCGAUAGUCGCUUGUAUAAUGUCCUCGAUAAGAUACAAUGAUCGGGUUAUUGGUGCGUACAAAUAAUUACUAUUCUAGCCCGAUCGACUGGAAACAUGACCCGCUUGCUGAAAAACGACUCCGCAAUUACAACGCGCGAUCUGUACCAUUAGGCGAAAUACGAUAUCGUGUACCAUAGAGAGAUAUUUUAUCUACAUUCACGGCCGAGUGAUUUACGAUACAAUAAAAGCUGCCGCGAGAGUUCACGAUCUAUUAGCGGUUGCUAAUGUAAGUACAUAGACGCUAUCGUGCCAAUCAUUCAAUUGCAUUUCGAAAUUGCAUUUAUUUCCUUUAAAUAAUUACCUCUCCUUAAGAUGUUAUUAGUGCGCACGACAUGAUAGUAAUUACUUGUGAACAAUGUUCUCCAACAAAUCAAUAAAUGUACAAGCGAUAAAUAAAUUUGUGUCUCGUAAAAUUGCUGAAAAUAAAGAAAGUCCAAGCGCAGUGUUGGCGUAAGAGGUAUAAAAUUUUCAAUUGUGGACCAUUCACCAGAUAUGUGUGCUUAAAUAAAUAAUUUUAUUACUCGA